UUAGUGAAAAUUUGCAAAUCUCCCACAACCGUCUCUUUCUUCUCUCUAUAAUAACUAUCUCUCAUCCUCCACCCGGACACAUCCAGACACCCCGCACCCACCAUUUCUGUUACUCCAUCACUCUCUUCGAUUUCUCAUAAACCCAGCAAGAAACCCCACCAUAAACCCAGCAAGAAUACACAAUACGAAACCCCCACCACGAAAAGCGGCGAGCAAUGCUCCCAUUCCGGCUGUACGCCGCCGUUUUGUUCGUCUCCAGUAUCUCCCUCCUCUUCCCCCCCUUCUGCAUCGGGACUCGCUCAUUCCCGACAAGGGCGAUCGACGGCGGUGAUGCCUUCGAACCGGGCUCCGCCGCCUGGGCCCGAUUCUCCGAAGCCCCCGACUACCGAAACGGCGCCGAAUGCGCCGUUUCGUUGAACCGGGAAAUGGUGUCCUCCUGCGACCCAUCGCUGGUUCACAUCGCCAUGACUCUCGACUCCGAGUACCUCCGGGGGUCGGUAGCUGCCGUGCACUCCGUCAUCAAGCACGCUUCUUGCCCGGAAAAUGUCUUUUUCCACUUCAUCGCAGCCGAGUUCGACCCCGCGAGUCCCCGGGUCCUGACCCAACUCGUCCGAUCCACCUUUCCCUCGCUUAAUUUCAAGGUCUACAUCUUCCGGGAGGACACCGUCAUUAAUCUCAUCUCGUCGUCGAUUCGGCAGGCGCUCGAGAACCCGCUCAACUACGCGAGAAAUUACCUGGGCGACAUUUUGGGCCGGUGCGUGGACCGGGUCAUUUACUUGGACUCCGAUUUACUGGUGGUCGACGACAUUCACAAGCUUUGGAACAUUUCGCUCACCGGGUCGCGGGUCAUCGGAGCCCCGGAGUACUGCCAUGCCAACUUUACCAAGUACUUCACCGACGGGUUCUGGUCCGACCCGGUUCUCUCCCGGGUUUUUUCCUCAAGAAACCCCUGCUAUUUCAACACCGGUGUGAUGGUGAUGGACCUGGUGAGGUGGAGGGAGGGAAAUUACCGAAAGAGGAUCGAGAACUGGAUGGAAUUACAGAGAAAGCGAAGGAUUUACGAGCUGGGUUCUCUGCCGCCGUUCCUACUCGUCUUCGCCGGCAACGUGGAGGCCAUAGACCACCGGUGGAACCAGCACGGCCUCGGCGGCGACAAUGUCAGAGGCAGCUGCCGGUCUCUGCACCCGGGUCCGGUCAGCCUCCUCCAUUGGAGCGGCAAGGGAAAGCCGUGGGUCAGACUCGAAUCCAAAAACCCGUGCCCGCUGGACCACCUCUGGGAGCCUUACGAUCUUUACAAGCCGAUCCACCACCACAACCCGGCGAAGUUUCAAUCCUUAUCGUCGAUCUCUGCAUCUACAUUGAUCUUGUUUUCGAGCUAUUUGUCGUGAGAUGACACGGUUUAUGAUAAUUCUUUCAUACAUUGUUGAUUCAGACAUUCUUUUGAUAGCGAUUGUGUACAGAUUGAUUGAAUUUUAGGUGAAACUGUGAGCAGAAAAUUCAUGGAUUGUUCGUCAGUCUUAAUUUCUUUUUUUCUUGUUUCUGGAAUUUUCUCGGCGGAUUUGACAUGUGUGAUGAGAUCCAAUUUUCAAUUUCUGGGUCCCAAAGAGGAGAGAAUGUUAUCAUCUCAAAUAUCAUGCGCUUCUUGUUCUUC